UUUUGCUUAAGUGUUUUUUAUUCACUUUUUACACCACAGACUGACCCAAAUUCAGCAUUGCUUGGUAACUGGUCGAAUUUAACAGCUGACAGCUAUUCAGCCUAAUUCAUUACAUUCCUUUCUAUGAAAGUUAUCUGACAUUAUCAAGAUGAAUUUGUUCUGACACAGUUUAACUUUUGAUUAAAUUUUGAUUUGACUGUAUAGAGCAGUGAACAUCCAACAUUGCAGAAGAAGAAACCUGCAAUAACCCCUUAUGACAGAAAAAUGUCUUCCUUCUAUAUUUACUUAUAUUUAAAUGACCUUUAUUUGUAAGGUUGAGACUGAAAAUGAACAAGCGAGGGAAAAAGGGGCUUGCCAAAUGAGGAAACAGGGCCACAAGGAUGUUACUCACAACAUCCAUCACUUGUUGGUGGGGUCAGUGAUGUCUGAUUAAUACUGCUGUCCGUCUGGACACAUCCCACCGGAAACUGACACAGGAGAAGUCAGUGGCAUCACAAAAUGAGAAAUAGGACCUACGGCUGAAUCUGAUGAAAUAGUGACACACGGAACAUGCCAUAACAAGCAAACAGGGCAAGUUAUAGACAUAGAGAUUAGCUGCUAUAAUUUGCCUCUUUAAACUGAAUUCUCAUUGUAAAAGUGACUUUUAUGAUGACAUAAUGGCUCUACUGCCUACAUAAGCAGCCAAUAUAACAUCCUAUUUUAAUAUCCAAUUCAGAGUGAAUGGAAUGUUUCAGGUUAAGUACAAGUUAAGCGCUACGUUUCCCUACACCUGCAUUUAUGACCAACCCAGUAAAAUACAUGCCUCAGCUGUUCGCCCAUGACUCACAGUCUAGUCAUUUCACCCACAUGCCCGUGAGCUCCUACAUCUCCCAUCAUGCCUUGAGACGCAACACUACUGUAGAAAAGCAUCAGUGGUGUGCUGCUGUGCUCAGACUGGCUGGUGAUCGAUCACACUUGUAAGGGAGAGAAGGAACAGAAAACAGGGAGUGAAACGAGAGAAGGAAAGAUAGGGAAACAGAGAGACUGCAGGGUGAAAGAAGGAUUCUUUGUGGCAGUCGGAUGAGGGUCUCCAAGCUCAGAUGAAUUCUGUGAUCGGCGCUCUCCAGGAGCUCAAACUCUUGCAGGUCCAGACUGCACUGGAGGAGCUGGAGUUGUCCAGUAAAACAAGCCUGGCCUCUUCAUACACUCGCACAAUGCUCGAUCAAAUAAACAACAGUUCAAGAAUAACCCACCUGAACCGAACACAGAAUACACAGAAACAAGAAUGUUUCAAGACUGAGCUUACCAUGGAACCAUCUUUGUUCCUCACUAGUUCUCCAGCAGAGAAGCGCCAUAUUCCCAGGAGGGUUUACGGAGGAAGUUUAAGCACUUCUUCCUCUUUUUCUUCUCAGGAAGACACAACCGACAACAGUUUCUCCUCAUACGAUAUUGAUGACUCGACUGAUUGGACAGCCUCAUUGAUGAACCAUAGUAGAAACAGACAGCCACUGGUAUUGGGCGACAAUGUUUUUGCUGAUUUGGUCGGAAACUGGCUGGACCUGCCUGAUGUUGGAGGCCAGACAGCAGGUGAGGAGCAGAAUGACUCAAGUCUUAAAGACACGCUUUCUGAGUCAUCAUCUAGCAGUAACUCUCAAGAUCUCUCCAGGAAACUCUCACUAACAGCUAGCAUCUUCAAGCGGGUCCUACGCCGUGUUCGGCCACGGCACCACCAGGAAAGCGAAGGAAUGGAUGUCUGUAAACAACCAAAGAUCACAUGCAGAAAGCCAAAAUCAGAUGUCAGCAAGCCAUUCUGGGUGAGAACAAGAGGAAUGAAGAAGAAAACCACACCCACCCAACAAGAGGGCGUGGCUUAUCAGGGCUCAGAGGGUUUGAUAGACAGUGGAUGGGUGGAGACUGUAGAAAAACAUCCAUCUGUGUUUGAUUACAGCUCAGCUGUGUGGGUCUGAUAUAAUUCUACAUGGAAGACACUGUGACACAUAUUGUUAGACAUAAUUAGUGGACUUUAUGAUCAAAAUUGUUGUAACAUGAUGCUGAAGUGCACCUGGUCGGCCAUUCAUUAUUGCAGUAUCUCAUAUUCAAGUUAUAAACACACAGUUAUAUGGAAGUAGUCUAAACAAAAGAAUUAUAUUGUGAACUACAAACACAAAUAACUAAAUCUGAAUUCAGAACGAUGAAAUACAUACAUUUCUAUCACUUCAUCAUGGUAUCACAACUAAAUGUGAAGCAAACCGUAAAAGUUAAGCGAUAAACACCAUUCACUAUAGAUUGUGAUGUUGAGGUAAUAUUGUCCUUUUUCCUCAAAUGAGAGGAGUAGCACUCCAGAAGCUAUUGAUUCCAAAGAUAUGUUAGGUAAAUAUUUCUCGAUUGUAUUUUGUAUGUAUACAUUUUGUUUUUUGAGAUGUAUGCAUGGCAGAGUGAAGGUAACAGGAAAAAAUAUGAAUACAGUCACACUGUAUUGCCCUACUGUGUUUCUGUGAGGUCCCUUGAGAGCCUAAUGCUGUUUCUGCUGAUGUUUGUAUCCAUCUGUUUAGAUUCAGGCCUAACUGUCAAUCAUUCUAUGAAAAAGUCCUGACUGGUGCUUUUCCAUAAAUGUCUUACUCAUGUCUUAGCUUUGCAAGCAUAAACCUGCUUUAUAUUGGACAGAAAAACUAUGCAAUGAUUCUAAACUCUUAUGCAAAAAAUGAAAACUGAGCAAAUGCAAAUGCCUGCUUUUUUUAUUAGCACCUUCAUGUUAUCUGUAAUAAAUAAAUGCCUGUGGGUCCUGCGAUAGUAUGUAUACCUGUUCUCAGAGCUAUUCAAUACAUGAUGUGAUGUGGGAUACUGUUUCUUUUUUUUUUUUUU